AUGACUCCCACGGCAUCCGCCAGCUCCCCCGCGGAGCCAUCCAAGUUGCGGUCCAAGCAAAUCGCCAACCCACGACGGCUGCUCAUUCUCACCCCAACAUCCCAGUCGCUCUCAAUAAUUCCUCCUCUCCUACACUCUCUCACCGGUGUACCAGUCACCAAUCCCCCACAACACGAUGCCACCUCUGAAUCACCAUCGCAAACUCCGCCACAACCCUCCGAUAACACAUCCACACCCAUCACCACAACGACAACCUCCUUCGCCGGCUAUACAACCCAUAGCCCACUCCGCCUCGACACGAAAUACUACUCUGCAGAGAUCCCGCUAUGGGUCGACGAGAUACCCCUCACGACCGAAAGCCCCGCAGCUACUACAAAUACAUCCGAACCAGGCCAAUGGCGCGCCGAAUUCCUCAGUGAAGAAGCUGAAAUCGUGCGCGAUGCCGUCGGCGCUCUAGUCGUCUGCGUGCACAGUCCCGAGCCUAAACGGACCGCCACAUCUACAGCGGACGCAGACAUAGACCCUGCGAGUCGCGCAGAUGUCCGUGCGGUACUGGAUUUGAUGCGUGACGUUGGCGCUGUCAAGAGCUGUAUUGACGAGGAGCGGGGUGGGAAUGGAGACGUAGUGGGUGUGUUUGUUUUGGUGGGGAGUCGGAGUUCUGCUGCGCCGAAGAUAUCUGUGCCGGAUGAGGAUAGGGGGUUGGAGUUGGGGGUUGAUGAUGUGGAUUUUGAGGGUGCUGCGGAUACGCCGUUCUCGGUGGGAUGGUGGGAGGAUCAGUUGUUUGAUAUGGGUCUUUUUGGGUGGGAGGUUGUUGAGUGGGAUCCUGCGGAGCAGGGUGUUGAGAAGACGAGGAAUAAGUUUGGAGAGUGUGAGGGCAUGCCGCGCAUUAAGGAAGUACUGGAGACGCACGACUGGAGCACAUCCGGAGGCGCAGACGAUCUCGACGAUGCAGACCUCGGGUUCGCUGAUGAUCUUGAGGAAGAGCUUCUAGGCUUCGGGAGAUCAGCGCAUACGAGCGGCUUUGGUCAUGAAGUACAAGAGUUGGAGCGGGAAAUGAUGGGUCUGCGCAUGGCCAUUGAGCGUGGUGGCGGUGAUGGCGAUGAGAGUGAUCUUGAUGGUGAUGAUGGGGACGAGGAGCUGCAAGUUGAGUCGAUUGAGACUCUUAUGAUGCGAAUGCAGGCUAUUCGAGAUAUGGGAUCAGAGCUGCCUGAAGGUGAGCGGAGGAAGUUUGCUGCAAAGGCUGUGUCUGAUAUUAUGCGAGAACUAUAG